CCUGAAGCUUAUCAGGCUGUGCAGCUAAAUUUGGGGUUGUGGUUUGACUCUUGCCUGCUGUCACCAUGAGCUGUGGCACCAAAUCUUCGACCAGCACCAUCAGAAUUAGCAGUGGAGGGGGAGGAGGAGGUGGAAGAUGCAGUGGUGGAGGUGGUGGAGGUGGUGGAGGGGGUAGGUCUGGUGGAUACUCCUCAAUGUCCUCAAGAAGAUACACCUCUUCUGGAGGCAGCGGAGGCUUUUCUGGGAGAAGCUUUGGUGGAGGAGCCUCCAGGAGCAGCUACGGGGGAGGCUUCAGCAGCGGCAGCUGCGGCAGGAUCAGCCGCGGCAGCUACGGGGGCAGAAUGAGCGGCGGCAGCUACGGCGGGGGAAUGAGCGGCGGCAGCUACGGCGGGGGAAUGAGCUGCGGCAGCAUGGGGGGAGGACUCGCAUCAGGAGGGGGCGGCUUUGGGGGGAUGGGAGGUGGUUAUGGAGGCGGUGGGUACGGCGGAGGUGGAUUCAGUGGCUUUGGGGGUAGUGGUGGCUUUGGUGGCGGCGGCAGCUAUGGUGGAGGCAGUUUUGGUGGCAUGGGCUUUGGGGAGGAUUCUGGCUUGCUCUCCACGAACGAGAAGUUGACCAUGCAGAACCUCAAUGAUCGCCUGGCGUCGUACAUGGAUAAAGUGCGACGCUUGGAGGAAGAAAAUUCCCAACUUGAGCAGCUCAUCAGGGAGUGGUACAAAAAUCAAGCUCCCUCUCAGAGCAAGGAUUACAGCCAAUAUUACAGGACAAUUGAAGAGCUGCAAAACCAGAUUGUUGGUGCAAAUGUGGAUCUUAACAGGAUGCUACUUGACAUGGACAACACCAGAAUGACUGUGGAUGACUUCAGACUGAAGUAUGAGACUGAAUACACUCUCCACCAGAGUGUGGCAAGUGAUAUCAAUGGAUUACGCCCACUUUUGGAUCAACUGACUCUGUCCAGAUCUGACUUGGAGACACAGUUUGAGUCCCUGAAAGAGGAACUGAUCUUCCUGAAGAAGAACCACGAAGAGGAAAUGAGAGGACUGCAAGGCCAGUCUGGUGGAGAUGUCAAUGUGGAGGUCAAUGCUACUCCUGGAAUUAACUUAAUGGAAAAAUUGAAUGAAAUGCGCAGCGAGUACGAGAGGCUCAUAGAGAACAACCGGAAGGAGGUGGAAAGCUGGUAUGAAACCAAGAUGGAAGAAGUUAAUCAACAAGUCCACACCAGUGGCCAGGAGAUACAAUCAAGCAACCAGCAGAUCUCUGAGUUGAGGCGUGAAUAUCAGAGUCUGGAAAUUGAGCUGCAGUCACAGAUCAGCAUGAUCGACUCUCUGCAGUCCAACCUGGAGGACACGGAGCGGCGCUAUAACAUGCAGCUGCAGCAGAUCCAGGGCAUGAUCGGGCCCUUGGAGGAGGAGCUGGCCAGCAUCCGCUGCGAGAUGGAGAGCCAGAACGAGGAGUACAAGAUGCUGCUGGGCAUCAAGACCCGCCUGGAGCAGGAGAUCCAGCAGUACAGGGCCCUGCUGGAGGAGGGGCAGCACGACCUUGUAAUCCCAGCAGGAGGAAUGGGAGGAGGCAUGGGAGGAGGCAUGGGAGGUGGUAGAAUUGGAGGUGGUGGUUAUUCUGGAGGAGGAAGAGGAGGAGGUGGUGGCAUGAGUGGUGGAUAUGGAGGUGGUGGCAGCGGAAUGGGAGGAGGAAUGGGAGGAGGAAUGGGAGGAGGAAGUUGUGGAGGAGGAAUGGGAGGAGGAAGUGGUGGAGGAGGAAUGGGAGGAGGAAGUGGAGGAAUGGGAGGAGGAAGCGGUGGUGGAUGCAUUGGAGGAGGAGGAGGAGGAAGAACCUCAGGAGGCAUCAGCAGCUCCCACUCCUACUCUUCAUCUUCCCAGUCCCAGUCCUGCAGGAGUGGUGGUGAAAGCCAAGGAUACGGAAGAAAAUCUUUUGACUGAGAAUAUACAUCAAGGAUCUUCCAGCACAAGACCUUUCAAAAAGAAACUGGCCCAAAUCCGCUGCAUUCCCCACACUCCCAAGGAAAGAUGAUGCUCUGAACAGUUCCUGGGAGCUGCAGAUUCCACCUGUCCCCCUGCCCUGCAUGCUCUGUGCUGCUUCUGCCCACAAAGCUCUGCAGUUUCAGUCAUUUGCACUCAAACUGCUGCUUUACAGAUCCAACCUGUUUGGUACUCAGGUUGCUCUGAAUCAGGAAAAUGUCUCUAAUAAAAUUUAAUUUCUGUCUGAUGC